GGCUGGGCGGGCGGGCCGGCGGGGGCCUUUCCCCUUCUGUAGCCGCUUGUGCCCUCCUUUCCUCGGGGCGAGGCAGGGCGAGAGGAGUCGAGGAGCCGAGCAGCGCCGCGCCCCCCCCCCCCCCCACCCCACCGCCGGGCUCCGGGCUGCCGGCCCCGCAGCGCUCCGCGAUGGACCCCUGCUCCUCGCUCUUCAGCUACGUGUUCAUGCACUUGUUCGUCCUCUGCCUGCAAGCCCAGGUAACUGUUCAGUCCCCACCUAAUUUUACACAGCAUGUGAGGGAGCAGAGCCUGGUGACAGAUCAGCUCAGCCGGCGGCUCGUGCGCACCUACCAGCUGUACAGCCGGACCAGCGGGAAGCACGUGCAGAUCUUGGACAACAAGAAAAUCAAUGCGAUGGCCGAGGACGGGGAUGUGCACGCCAAGCUCAUCGUUGAGACUGACACCUUUGGGAGCCGCGUGCGCAUCAAAGGGGCGGCCACGGGGUUCUACAUCUGCAUGAACAAGAAGGGGAAACUGAUCGGCAAGAGUAACGGCAAAGGCAAGGACUGCGUCUUCACCGAGAUCGUGCUGGAGAACAACUACACGGCGCUGCAGAACGCCAAGUACGAGGGCUGGUACAUGGCCUUCACCCGCAAGGGCCGCCCGCGCAAGGGCUCCAAGACCCGGCAGCACCAACGCGAGGUGCACUUCAUGAAGCGGCUCCCCAAGGGCCACCAGACCACCGAGCCCCACCGGCGCUUCGAGUUCCUCAACUACCCCUUCAACCGCAGGAGCAAAAGGACUCGAAACUCCAGCGCCAGGGUGCGCCCAUGACGCGUGCCCCUCGGUGGACUGACGUAGAGACAUUGUGAUAGGGUUACUAAAGGAAAAAAAAAACCCAACGGGGGAUGGGGGGAGGAUACGAGAACUACAUGCUCUAGUUGUUGGUAAUGUGGGGGUUGUUCUGUUUUUACAAAAAAAAAAAAAACCAAACAAACAAAAAAGAAAAAAAAAAGAAGAAAGAGGCUCUAUUUUUGUACUCCAACUUUACGAGAGAUGAAAUGUUCAAAGACUGGUGAAGGGGGGAAGAGCCCUUCGCUUAGGGAUGUUUUAGUGUUUGGGGUCGUGUUUUGGUUUGUAUUUUUUUUUUUUUUUAGUAGCUCUAGGGGGAAAAUCCUCAUUUAAAACAAACAAGCAAUAAAAAGAUGGGAAUCCAACCCAACCGAACUGAACGGAUGCUCACCUGAAUGGAUGCUCAGUGGAGAGGUCGGAUAAUGGUGGAGGGCAUGGAUGUGGCUCGAGGUGAUGGAGGACUCAUGGUUCCGUCCCCACGUUGUGGCUGGGGCCAACUGCCCUUGAGUGCCCCACAGGGAGUUGUCCUGGACCAGUUUGGCACCACUCGCCCAUCAGAGCAUCUUUGGAUUUUAUUUUUCGUGUUGUUGAACUACUCCGGUGAGGCAGCGGGCGAUGGCUGAUGACUGUUUUUGCAUUUGGUUUGGUUUUUUUUUUUUCCAUCUGGAAAAUGUGAAUUUUCACCAAAAAUUGACUAUUUUUUUUAUCAGGUGGAAUUUUUCAUCUGUCAAAUUAAAGAAGUUUCCAAAUCACUGCGGAGACCCUUUGGGCUGUUCUGUGGUAGUGUUCAGUUGGUGCUCGACUCUUCCAUCCUCAGCGGUCUCUCCCAGGUUUGCUCUCUCAUCUUUGCCCGAGGAAAAGAGAGGGUUUCUAUAACAGUUCCUGUUGAUGGAGGCCCAGAUUUUUAUUUAGGACAAAAAGGAUCCAGGGAAAGAUGAAAUCCUUUGAGUGAGCAACCGCAGCCCCACUCUGCACACACUGCCCUGGGACCGCCUCUCUCCAAAGGGUUAAAGCAAUUAUUCUUAACGGGAGGGCAAACAAAGACACUGGAUAGGAGCCAGGACCAGGGGAUGAAUUUUCAUCCAAUUUUUAUUUUUAUUUUUUUUCCUGUUUCCUUGAGGAUUUUGUUUUUCAGUCGUGUACAAAUUUUAAUGUGAAAUGAUUUGAAAUAUUUAUUUAAUAUGUGCAUUAAAAAUUUGUAUUAGUCUACCUGAGACUGCCUGCUUUCCUGGGAGGGCCUGGAGAAGCAGGAUGGAAGAGGGG